AUGACUACUGAAGAGAUGACGCUCGCAGAGAUGAAAGCGGCCUACGAGAAGGCCCAAGCAGAGCUGGCCCAAGAAAGGGCCUCCAUUGAAAACCUCCAGAAGGAGCUCGAAUCCGUGAAAAGUAACAAGUAUCAAUCGCGUUACAAGCCAGGUGCAAAACCGAAGAAGUUGAUAUUCGAGAUGACUGGCGACUCUGAAGACCUGUCCGACGGCGAGGAGCCACAUGAGGAAAAGGAUGAAGCAAUACCGGACCCCGUCACCAAGCGCCUAAAUAAGAUGGAAAAUCACAUGAAGAAGCGAUGCUCGUUGAUGAUGAAGCUGAUGACCAAACUGCCGGGGGCACCCACGCCCGUGGAGACCGAGCCGACCGACGGGUAUGCAGCAUCGCCGUUCUGUGAAGCGAUCGCUAGGGUGACGGUACCACACCAGCUCCGACUCCCUACCUGGACCACCCUGUAUGACGGAACGUCUGAUCCAUACAGACACGUCAACUUCUACAAUCAGCGAAUGUGGCAGAUCGGCAUCCCCUACGACCUGGUCGAGCCCGUCAUGUGCAAAUCCUUCGGAGGAACCCUCGACGGAGCAGCCCUGGAAUGGCUCAUGAACAUAACACCUGGAUCUAUCGUCUUCCUGUCCGACCUCAUCAACGCCUUCUACCAACAAUUCGCCAGCAGUCGCCAGUUGGAGAAACAAACAAGUGACCUCUAUCGGACAGCCAUCGAAGCAUUCAAGAGAGGUCUCGUCCCCAACUCAGAGCUGUACCGGGAACUAACCAAAUAUCCCUGUGCUACUGCCCAGAUGCGGAUUGAAGACGACGAGAUUACACGAAUGGUUUCUCAGCGACCAGCAGGGGGCAGCAGCGACAGGAGGUCGUACACCCCAAGGAACAACGGCUGGAGACACCAACCAUACAACCGCCAGGGUGGUACCGUCAGAUGGCCUAAGAAGAGUGACAGACCAGACUCUACGAAGGACAUGAGCAGGUGGUGCGACUUCCACCGCGACAAUGGCCACACAACCGAGGAAUGCAUCUCCCUCAAAAAGGAGGUGGCGUAUCUAUUGAAAAGAGGCCACCUGAAGGACCUACUGAGCGACAAAGGAAAGGAGACGUACAACAAGGAUAGCAGCUCCCAACCCAACCCAGCACCAAGCGGCGACAGACCAGCCCCGCCCACGUUCGAAAAAGUGGUAAGCGUUAUUUCUGGUGGUUCAGAUAUAUGUGGACUAACUUCUUCUGCAGCUAAAAAAAUCAACAGGGGCGAAUCUGAAGCCGUCAAAGAGGGGCAGACCGAAGACGAAGUAGCACUCGACAAGUCAUUAGCAACGAUGAUAAUAACCUUCGACGACUCAGACUCAACCGACACAAUACAGGAACACCAUGACGGGCUAGUCAUAUCGCUCCCAAUAGGCAACGCUCUCAUCAAAAGGAUAUUGAUCGACAACGGCAGUUCAGCAAACGUAUUGUUCCUAGAGGCUCUGCAGGAAAUGGGACUAGACGAAAAGAGUAUAAUCAGAAGGUCGACAGUCCUAGUAGGAUUCAGUGGAGAAUCGCUACAAACAGUAUGA